CCUCAAGCCUCUAGCUUCCAGAUCUGCAGAAGCAUGCCGGCCCCAGGAAUUCCUCUCCCUGGAAGUAUGGAAUGUCCUUCCUGUCGGCAUAUCUCCAAAGAGAAAGUCCCGAAGUUCUGCAGCGAGUGUGGACAGAGGCUGCUUCCUGCAGCCCCCGAAGGAGUACCAGGUUCUCAGAGCAACCUCAAGGAAACAUUGGCCCCAGAGGGAGAAAUGGAGUGUGGACAGGAGCUGAAGGAAGAAAGCAGUUCCUCCUUGUCCCUGGGCUCAGGUGAUUGGCAAGAAAACCCAGAUGAGCCCCGUUCGAAUGACUCACGGAAAACCAAGAGAGGAGUUGUGUCGGAGGGUUUUGUAGAUGCAGCAGAUGGCACGUCCACAUCCGAUGAGCUGGAAGCUGCUAGUUACUCUGCCUGCAAAAGAAGAAAAGAAGAUGCAACCCUGUUUGAGGUCACUGACACGUGCGCUCCAGACUCUGAGCAGCGGCGUAGAAGGAGUAAAAGGAAGAAAAGCAAUUGGAAGAAUGCUUCCACAUCUGCAGAGCUGGAUUCUUUGUCCCCGUCCUCAUUGGAGCCCUGUAGUCUGAGUUCGCUUGCAAACCCUGGGCUCCAGGACACAGCUCCAUGCCAAAGCCCAGCUCAGCAGGGUAGUCCCACUCACCAGCCAGGCCAGCCUCCAAGUGUGGGCAAAAUACCACUGGAGGCUAUGGGCCACCCUCUGCAAGGUGAGGCUGCAGGAGAGGCAGAAGCAGCCACGGGCACCGAGUCUCUGAGCAGCCCAGCACCUCAGGACCAGACUCUGGGAGGAGCCCUCCCGGAAGGGAAUGACCACCAGUCCCCGCGCCCCUCCAAGGGUGAAGAUCUCCCCACUUCUGCCAGCGAAGGCUCUCCUAGGGAGAAGGAUACUGCCCAGGAGCUCCUGCUGCCUGAGCCAAAGGCGGACACCUCCAAGCCCAGGAAAGAGCUGCAGACCACCGGGCAGCUGGCCAGGGCUCCUGCCUCUGGGGCAAGUGAUGCUACAGCUGAGCCAGCUGGUUCAGUGGAAGGAGCUGAGAAAGAUGUUAAAGAUAAGAACGAGGAAAUGAAAGAGCUACCCACGAGCGUCCCUGCUUCCCGAGACCACCGCCAGGAAAUUGCAACCAAGGACCAGACGGCUGUUCCCGGAGGAAAAACAGGUGAAAAUGAGAAAGCCAAGCCAAAGAAUCUGAAGAGGCCAGAGGGGAAUAAUGGAAGUAAUGCAGCCCCUGUGAAAAAUGAGAAGGCGCAAAGGAACCAGAGCACACAGCGAGCUAAGGAGAGUCUGUUGAGCUCCACAGAAGGAAUCAUGGUAUAUUUCCAUGCAAUCAUUUCUAAACAUUUUGGAUUCAACCCUGAUCAACACAAAGUAUAUGUCAGGGGCGGAAAAGAAUUUGGGAAACCUGCAUGGAGUCAUAAUGUUUGCGAAAUGCACUACAGCAAAGACUUACAUGAGAACGGGUCCCUCAUUGAAGGCAGCACCACCAUUUCCAAGCAGCACGUGAAUAAACCCAUUCCUUACAAAUACAUCAUCUGCAGAGGCAGGAUUCCUGAGUAUGAGUUCAUCUACAAAGAACUGUCAAAGAAAGGCGAGCAUGUGAACCGCUGUCUGCGGGUGAAAUCUUCCCUUCUGGACUCUGGAGACUGGCAUCAGUACGAUGAUAUAAUUUGUAUGAAGCCCCCUGGGGCAUUUCAGAAGUUUAUGGAUCAUAUAACAGAUGGUACGAGGAAAAACGUGGUGAUAGGGAAGCAGAUCUCAGCUGCCGUCAUGCUGGACCGCAUCUUCAGCAUUCUUGAAACCUGGAAUGCCAUCAAUUUAAAGAACUUUUUCAUCCAGUUCCAGCAGUUCUAUGAUGUCAUUCGUGUGCCCAUGAUCUAUGAAGGAGAAGAACAGCCAUGGAGUGCUCUACAGUAUGAAGAGAAGAAGGUGAAGAAGCACCUAUGGGAGUGCUUGACAAAGAAAAUGGCACCAUUUCUGGAAACCAGUGGGAACCGUCUGCCUGAGGACUGCCCAGUGAAGAGUAAAUUGGGAAUGGGCAUGAUUGUCCUUUUGUUAGUGGAAAAAUUCAACUUCCUCUUACUGGAAAAAGACCUGGCCUCACUUUGUCACCUCCUUCACUCAGAGGCCACAUCACCAGAUGCCUUUUGCAGGGACCUGAAACACAUCUUUGAAACAUCUCAGAGCUGGCGAGCGUCCUUGGUAAACCUGUGCCAAAUGUGCAUGGGCAAAAAGGUUGACCUCUGGGUGUGUGCCCUGCCUGUGCUGCACCACUGUAUGGACCUGUCCCCACCAGCCCAGGGCUCAGCCGUGCAGUCUGAAGACACCUGGGCAGCCCUUGAAGGCAUCUCCUUCUCGGAGUUUCGGGAAACAAGACCAGAUCAGAUACAAUUACUCCAGCUAAUGGAAAAAAACAGAUAUUUGCUGAAUGUGGAUAAGUAUCUAUUCCGAUCCUGGUUCAGUUUGCUUCCUCUGAGUAACUUGGCUCCUUACAUGGAACACCUCAUCGAUUACCUGAGUCAGUGUCCCCCUCGUGCCCUGGACUGUCUUCUAGGGACUUGGUACCGUCUGGACGGACUUCAGGAAAUCUCUCCAAGAAACUUCGAGAGUAUUGAGAAUAUUUUGAAAAUGCUGUUGUGCCUUCUGGAUAUUUAUCAGGAAAAGAUUCUUGAGGAGCCCUUGAUACAGUCCUACUUGACUGUGUGCCUGAAACUUCACGAAACUACCUGCAGAAUAUCAAAAGCCCACACGUUUUAUGAGAUGCCUGCCUUAUCUGCUGAGAUUGUUUGCAGAAUUAUUAUACUUAAACCUGUAGUGGAUUCAGCAGGAGGGCCGGGAAAUGAAACUGGAAAGAAGAAUUCAGUAAAAACGGUCUUCCAGGGGACCCUCGCUGCUACAAAAUCUUGGCUUCGGAGAAUUUUUAAAAAGAGCAUGUUCCAGAUUGGGUAUUUUUAUUUUUCACCUGUCACCUUCACUUACAGAGAGGAGAUUGAGGUCUGGAGGCGACUGGUGGAAAUAAACUUCCCCACGGAGUAUGACUGGAAGGCAUCCUUGCUGGGGGACAUGGCAGGGAGGCUCAAACAGGAGAGGCCUCUCUUCCAGAUUUCUGCCUUCUGCAACUCUAACUGGGCUGCUGCAGGUGCAGAAGACAGUGUGGCGAAAUGCUUUGAGAUGUGUGCCAUUGAAGCCGUGGGCUCGGUCUGCCAGUCUCAAACCAGUAUCCUUGGGAAAAUCUCUUAUAAUGACUUGCAAAAAUGUGGCAACCUUGUGUCUGCUGUGAUCACCAAGUCCUGGCCAACAAGUAGAGGGGAGUUUGUAGACGACUUGGGUGGGGUUUUGAAUCACCUGCUCACAUGGCCAGACAUCAAGCACCUCUUCAAGUUAUAUGGAACCAACGAGGAGAUAUUAGCAAAUAUCACCAAGGAAGGCAAGAAGUUGAUGGCCACUGCGGACUCUGUGUUGACAAAAGUUACAAAUGACCUCAUCGAUGGAACAAUUUUAGUUGGGCACCUGGAGCUGAUCCUAGAACACAUGGAUCGGUUCCUCAGCAUCUGGCAGUUCCAGAGUAAAAGUUCUUUAAUCCAAGACAGAAAACAAACUAUGAAGGAAGUGCUGAGUCAGAGGAAGGAUGAACUACUCACUCUAAAGAAAGAGAAGACAGAUGUUGACUCUCUCCUGAAGUUGUGUGGCAGGGUAAAAGACGUGAUAAAAGUGGAUUUUGGAGAGAUUGCUGAAAGACAUUCGGAAGACCUCCGUGGAAAAAAGUUAAACGAAGUUGUGACAGUGACUUUGUCAGCCACCCCCCUUGACCCAAAGCGAACAACACAUUAUAACCUGAGCCCCGAAGUCCAAGAAAUGGCCCAAAACGCAUAUUUGCUAAAGGACAGUCACAUCUUCCAGAUCUUCUGGGCAGAAGCCGCACAGGAGCUGAGUGAGCCAGAAGAGAACUUGGAAAGGGAGAUAUUUCAGCCUGAAGAGGUGUAUGAAUGUUUAUAUUGUCCUUGUUUCAGAAGGUUUACAAAACUGUAUCAGGAUCUGAAGUCAGGGGAGGUCACCUUUGGGGAAAUUGAUGACGUCUUCAAGGACUUUGUGAAUAACUACAGCGUCCUAACUGAAGACCUCCAGAUCAUGUGUGCUCUGUAUCCCAGAGAUCAGAAGGAUUGGAUCAAGGAUCGAGUCCAGCAGAUCAAGGAAUACCAUCACCUGAAUCAGGCUGUCGACUCAGCCAAGGUCAUCUGGAAGGUCAAAGAGACUUUGGGCCUGACUGGUGACUUCAGUGUUCUCCACACCUUACUAAGCUUUACUGUCUUGGACAACUUUCGCCAUGAAAAACUGGACCGUUUGAACCAGCAAAUUAUUCGUGCCAAAAAGCUUCUGCAGGAUAUAGAUGAGACUCGGUGUCAGUGUCUGAAGGAGCUGUCCCAGAGAAAGGAGUUCAUUAGUUGGGUCCAGGAGGCUCUCAGAGGCAUCCCCGAGCUGAAGGUGUUCGUGGACCUGGCCUCCAUCUCUGCGGGGGAGAACGACAUUGACGUGGACCGGGUAGCUUGCUUCCACGAUGCUGUGCAGGGUUACGCUCCCCUGCUCUAUGAGCUGGACACAAGUGCGGGUUUUGAUGAGUUCAUGCAACACCUGAGAGAGCUGUGGAAGGCUCUGAAUAAUGACCACAACCUGCCCACGAAACUGCGUGACUCUGCCCGGAACCUCGAGUGGCUGAAGACAGUGAAGGAGAGUCAUGGGUCUGUGGAGCUCUCGUCCCUGUCCCUGGCGACAGCGAUCAACAGCAGAGGCAUCUAUGUGAUCAAGGCUCCCACGGAUGGCCAAAAGAUUUCCCCAGACACAGUUGUUCGUUUAAUCCUUCCCGAGGGCCAGGGAGGCCACGAGGAGAAGCGAGAGUACUCUUUAGAAGAGCUGAAAGAACUUUUGAACAAAUUGAUGCUGAUGUCUGGCAAGAAAGAACACAGCAAUGCUGAAGUCGUAGAGGUAUUUUCCGAGGUGUUCUGCAACGUGCAGAGGCUUGUCCAGUCGUUUAUAAACCUUUACUCUGCUGGAAACAUGCUGUUCAGGACCUGGUCAGCUGAGGUCUACUGCACCCCCCUAAAGGGUGUCUCCAUGCGGCUGGACUUCUGUCUGAGGCCGGUGGGCCCACUGGUGGAGGGCGGGCCAGUCGUCCAGCUGCUGGAAGCCCUCUGCCGGCAGCUGGAGGACUUCUUGGGCCACUGGGAGAGAUUCGUGGCAGAGAAGCGAGCUGAGCACUUUUACCUCAACUACUACACCGCCGAGCAGCUGGUUUACCUGGGCUCGGAGCUCGGGGGGCAGACGCCCAGCGCCGCUGCCCUCACCAUGCUGUCCUUCAUCAAAGGCAGCUGCACCCCGGGGGAUGUCUCGGAGGCCUGCAGGGGGCCCCGCGGAAGGGCCAGCAGCCGCCAGGAGAGGACAGCGGUGGAAGACUUGCCACUGCUGCUCUUCUCUGAGCCCAGGAUGGUGGACAAGCUGAGGGUCAUCAUGACACGCUCGAUGACAUGCAUGAGUGCCUUCCUGCCUCACUGCCUGGACCUGGAGGCCCUUGGCCGCUGUCUGGCUCACCUGGCGAGGAUGGCUGGACCCCCUGUGCAGCGGGAGCUCCCCCACGGCCUACAGGAGGGCCAGCCCAACCUCGUCGUCUGUGGCCACUCUGAGGUGCUGCCAGCCGCCCUGGCCAUCUACAUGCGGACCCCACACCAGCCCCUGCCCACCUACGAUGAAGUGCUGCUCUGCACCCCAGAAACCACGUUCGAGGAGGUGGCGUUGCUCCUGCGUCGCUGCCUGACCCCAGGCUCCCAGGGACUCGGGGUCUAUAGCCUGCUGUAUGCGGACCAGCUGAGCUACGAGGUGGCCUGCCGGGCAGAGGCGCUCUUCCGGAGGCUGUGCACGCAGCCCCACCGGACGCACUACCGGCUCGUGAUGAUCUGUGACUGUGAGCGGGAGCACUGCUACCUCCCCUCGGCCUUCAGCCAGCACAAGGUCCUCGUCACCCCCCAGGCACCCCUCAAGGACAUCCAGGCCUACCUGGCUCACCACUUCCGAGUCCCGGAAGAGACCCCGUCAGCUGCCGCCGUGUUCCAGGACCGCAUGUGUGUUGGGAUCGUAGCCUCGGAGAGAGCGGGCGUAGGAAGGUCUCUCUUUGUGAAGAGGUUGCACGGCCAGCUGAAAAUGCAGUUUAAUGGAACAAAAGUGACUCGAAAAGUUAUUCGAUUGAUUGACCCUCAGGUGGAUGAGAAUGAAGUCCUGGGGUCCCUUCUGCCUUUCCUGGAUGCCCAGUAUCAGAGGAGACCCAUAAUAUUCCACUUUGACGUGACCUCUUCAGUGCAGACUGGUAUUUGGGUGUUUCUCUUCAAACUCCUCAUUCUCCAGUACUUAAUGGAUAUAAAUGGGAAGAUGUGGCUUCGGAACCCAUGCCACUUAUAUAUCAUUGAAAUCCUAGAAAGGAAUUCGACAUUGCCACGAAGGCCUUCGAAGCUGAAUGCACUUGUCCCCCAGUUCAGUUUUCUAGACAUCUUCCCCAAAGUGACCUGCAGACCUCCCAAAGAAGUGAUCAACAUGGAGCUGGAUCCUCACCAGAGCUACAAAGAGCCAGGAAUGGAUCAGAGAGCAUUCCAUAGUGAAAUAUUCCAGAGACCUUACCAAUAUUUAAGACGGUUCCAUCAGAAAGAAAACCUAGACACAUUCCAGUACCAAAAAGGUUCUGUUGAAGGCAGCCCUGGCGAAUGCAUCCAGCACCUCCUGAUUUACUGCGGGGUGAUAAACCCAUCCUGGUCAGAACUUCAGAACUUUGCUCGGUUCCUGAACUACCAGCUCCGAGAUUGUGAGGCCUCUCUCUUCUGUAACCCCACCUUUGUUGGAGACACAUUGAUGGGCUUCAAGAACUUUGUGGUCACCUUCAUGAUUUUCAUGGCCCGAGAUUUCGCCACACCUACACUUCACACAUCUGACCAAAGUCCGGGAAAGUACACGCUCACUAUGGAUGGGGUCAAAGAAGAAGACCUCGCCCCUUUCUCUCUCCGGAAGAGGUGGGAGUCGGAGCCCCACCCAUACGUUUUUUUCAACAGUGACCACACAUCCAUGACGUUCAUAGGUUUCCAUUUCCAAUCCAAUCAGAAUGGUGGUGUUGAUGCCAUAGACCGCUUGAGUGGGAAAGUAAUCAAGAAGGAUGUUAUGACAGUGCAACUGUACCAGGGACUGUUGCUUCAGAGGGUGCCCUUCAAUGUUGACUUUGACCAGCUGCCCAGACAUGAGAAACUUGAAAGACUGUGCCUGGCAUUGGGUAUCCAGCGCACCACUGACCCUGAUGAAACAUAUGAGCUUACAACAGAUAAUAUGCUUAAGAUCCUUGCCAUUGAGAUGCGUUUCCGGUGUGGCAUCCCCGUCAUCAUCAUGGGAGAAACCGGCUGUGGGAAAACCAGACUCAUAAAAUUCCUUAGUGACCUGCAGCGUCAGGGUGCUGAUGCUGAAACCAUGAAGUUGGUCAAGGUCCACGGAGGAACAACUGCCGACAUGAUCUACUCCAAGGUCAGGGAGGCUGAAGAGCUGGCCCACAUCAAUAAGGCCCAGUAUCAGCUGGACACCAUCUUGUUCUUCGAUGAAGCCAACACCACGGAGGCCAUAAGCUGCAUCAAAGAGGUCCUGUGCGACCACACGGUGGGUGGCCAGCCCCUGGCUAAGGAUUCUGGCUUGCAUAUCAUUGCAGCCUGCAACCCUUACCGGAAGCACACCCAGGAGAUGAUCUGCCGUCUGGAGUCAGCCGGAUUGGGGUACAGGGUUAGUGCAGAAGAGACGGCCGAGAGGCUUGGCUCCAUCCCCCUGAGGCAGCUGGUGUACCGUGUCCAUGCUCUGCCGCCGAGCCUGAUCCCCCUGGUGUGGGACUUUGGACAAUUGAAUGACUCUGCAGAAAAACUCUACAUCCAUCAGAUUGUCCAGAGACUGGUGAAGUCCAUCGUGAUGGUGCAGAGCGAGACUCGUGUAAUCACGGAAGUGCUUUCUGCCUCCCAGGGUUUCAUGAGGAAAAGACAAAAUGAGUGCAGCUUUGUCAGCCUCAGGGAUGUAGAACGCUGUGUGAAAGUUUUCAAAUGGUUUUACGACCACAGUGAGAUGCUCUUGUCUAAGUUGGAUUCCUUUCUCUCUGAGACUGGAGUCAUCCAAAAUAACUUUAAGAGAGAUCCUGUCCUCUGGUCCCUGGUUCUGGCCAUCGGGGUAUGUUACCACGCCUCUUUAGAGGAGAAGGAAUCUUAUCGGACAGCUAUUUGCAGCUUCUUUCCAGCACCGUAUAAUAGCAGCAGGGCUAUCCUGGAUGAGAUAACGCAAACCCAAGAUCUUUUUCUGCAUGGUGUGUCUCUGAGGAAAACGAUCGCUAGGAACUUGGCUUUGAAGGAGAACGUCUUCAUGAUGGUUAUCUGCAUCGAGCUCAAGAUUCCUCUCUUCCUGGUGGGCAAGCCCGGCAGCUCCAAAUCUCUCGCCAAGACCAUCGUGGCAGAUGCCAUGCAAGGCCAGGCUGCACACUCGGACCUCUUCCGGCACCUGAAGGAGGUCCAUUUGGUGUCAUUCCAGUGUAGUCCACAUUCCACCCCACAGGGCAUCAUAGGCACCUUCAAGCAGUGUGCCCGUUUCCAGCAGGGGAAGGACCUCGAGCAGUAUGUCUCCGUGGUGGUGUUAGAUGAGGUUGGACUAGCAGAAGACUCACCCAAAAUGCCCCUGAAGGCACUGCACCCAUUGCUGGAAGAUGGAUGCAUUGAAGAUGAUCCUGCCCCCCACAAAAAAGUUGGCUUCAUAGGCAUUUCCAACUGGGCCUUGGAUCCCGCCAAGAUGAACCGGGGUAUAUUUGUGUCACGUGGCAGCCCCAACAAAAGAGAGCUCAUUGAGAGUGCCAGGGGAAUUUGCGCUUCAGAGCCCCUCGUCCAAGAAAGAAUCCGAGGAUACUUCACAUCCUUUGCCAAAGCCUACGAAACAGUGUGUAAGAGGCAGGACAAGGAAUUCUUUGGGCUUCGUGAUUACUACAGCCUCAUCAAAAUGGUCUUUGCUGCAGCCAAAGCUUCUAAUAAGGAGCCUUCCCCUCAAGACAUCGCACAAGCUGUCCUUCGGAACUUCAGUGGCAAAGACGACAUUUGUGCCCUGGACAUCUUUUCAGCCAAUUUACCCGAGGCAAAAUACACAGAGGAAGUCAGCACCAUGCAGCUGAUCCACCAGAACAUAUAUGGCCAUCUUCAGACGAUGCAUGGCAGAGAGCUGGAUGACUCCGAGUCCCGCUACCUGCUUGUGCUGACCAGAAAUUACGUGGCCCUACAGAUCCUACAGCAGGCAUUCUUCAUUACAGACCAACCAGAGAUUAUUUUUGGAUCCAGUUUCCCCAAAGAUCAAGAGUACACCCAGAUCUGCCGAAAUAUCAACCGAGUAAAGAUCUGCAUGGAAACCGGCAAGAUGGUGGUGCUGCUCAACCUGCAGAACCUCUAUGAGAGCCUCUACGACGCACUCAAUCAAUACUAUGUCUACCUUGGCGGUCAGAAGUACGUGGACCUGGGUCUGGGGACCCAUCGGGUCAAAUGUCGGGUUCACCCAGACUUCCGCUUGAUAGUCAUUGAGGAGAAAGAUGUCGUCUACAAACAUUUUCCCAUCCCCCUCAUUAACCGGCUGGAGAAGCACUAUCUGGACAUCAACACCGUUUUGGAGAAAUGGCAGAAGAAUAUCGUGGAAGAGCUCAAGGUGUGGGUGGAGAAGUUUAUAGAUGUGAAAGCAGAGCAGUUUCUAGCCAGACCCAAAUAUAGCCCUUCUGACGUCUUCAUUGGGUACCACUCAGACACAUGUGCCUCUGUGGUGCUCCAGGUCAUAGAGCAGGUAGGGCACAAGGUCUUGACUGAUGAACUUUACCAGAAAGUCUCUGCGCAGGCCAAGUCAGUGCUGCUGGAUUGUGCCACCCCUGAUGCUGUGGUUCGGCUGAAUGCUUCCUCACUAGGCCAGUUCACUGCACAGUCCCUGUCGGAAGAAUACUAUUACAGGCAGCAGCAUAACUCCUUUGCAGACUUCCUCCGGGCUCACCUUUGCACGAUGGAUUCAGAACGCCAUGCCAUCUUCACAGAGAUCACUACAUUCUCCAGGCUGCUAACCAGUCAUGACUGUGAACUUUUAGAAUCAGAAGUAAAGGACUGGACUGUGAAACUCAACGUCUUGUCACUGCAACAGUUUGACACCGAGUACUCUUUCCUCAAGGAAGUUCGAAACUGCUUAGCUCACACAGCCAGAUGUAAAAUUCUCAUUAUUCAAACAGAUUUUGAAGAUGGAAGUCAUAGUGCUCAGCUCAUCGCCUCAGCAAAGUAUUCUGCUAUAAAUGAAAUCAACAAGAUACAAGGAAAUAAGAACUAUAUCUUGGUCUAUUUUAUCACAAAACUGUCCCGGAUGGGAAGUGGAACAUCCUAUGUAGGAUUCCAUGGAGGGCUGUGGCAUUCUGUGCACAUCGACGACCUGCGGAGAUCCACAGUCAUGGUUUCAGACGUAACUAAGCUGCAGGAUGUGGCCAUCAGCCGGCUGUUUAGACCAGAAGACCCCCCUGAGGUGGAGGUGGGUCACCGAGCCCAAGAAGAUGGUGAGGAGGUGAUGGAAACUGAGGCGGUCACAUGGCAGCACGUGGUAGAGGUAAAAAUGGAGACAGAAAAUCCUGAGACAAAUGAGAGCCCAGGCUUCGGCCCAGAACAUGAUACGCAGAUCCUGGACACCACCAGGCUGCUGAAAAGCUGUAUUCAGGGAGCUGUGGGCAUGCUCAGAGACCAGAAUGAGGACUGUCAGCGCAGCGUUCGGAGGGUGUCCAUCCUCCUCAGCCUCCUAGACGAAGACGCCACUUUCUUGCUGGUCACUAAGAUGCGCCUCUACGUCCUUUUAAUGAAGCAGGAAGAGAACUCUAUCUGCAAUGUGAAGGACUGGGUGGUGAGGGAGGCCUCCAAUCAGGACGCUCUACAGGAGGCUGGCACGUUCAGGCAGACCCUCUGGAAGCGGGUCCAGGGCACUGUGACUCCCCUCCUGGCGAGCGUGAUCUCCUGCGUGGACAGGGAUGGCAACCUUGAGCUGCUGGUCAGCCCACACUCUCCGUCCUGGGCAAGAGACCUUUGGAUGUUUAUUUUUAGUGAUGAUAAACUUCUGAACAUUCCUCUUGUGACAAUUGAUACAAGGUCUAAAGGAGAGAUGUCCUACAUCGUGGUGCAGAACUACAUGAACCUCUCAGAGAAGGCAUCCAAUAGUGUCCCAUUUAGCUGGAGAAUCAAGGACUAUCUGGAGGAGUUGUGGGUCCACACUCAGUACAUCACAGGAGAUGCGGGACUGGCAGAGAAGUUACUAGAACUCUUUCAGAAGACCCCACUGGGCAGUUUUCUUGCUCAGCUCACAGUAGACCAGCGGCAGGAGCUUCUUCAGUGUUACCUGAAAGAUUUCCUUCUCUUGACCAUGAGAGUGUCCACUUGGGAACAGUUAAACGCUCUGCAGAUAGCUCUGCAGUCCUGCGUCAAUCAGCUGGAUGCAGGAAGCCCAGAGGGAGAGGCCUCCUUACCAUCAGUGCACCUCGCCUACCACCACUUCAGAAGCCGGCUACAGAACUUCUCCAGGAUCUUGACCAUCCACCCUCCAAUUCUACCAAGCCUUAUGAAAGGCACACAGAACCAGAACUGGGUUGGACGUGAGAUGAGUCUGGAUGUGUUGGCAGCAGUGGCCUGUGCUGAAAUGCUGACGGAAAACCUCCUGAAGCCCAGUCCCCAAGCCUGGUUACGGACGGUGAAGAAUCUCUCCAUGCCCCUGGAGCUCCUCUGCUCAGAAGGCUACAUGCAGGACUGUGGGAUGAAGACCAGAGAGGUCAUCACCGGUGUCAGAACCCACUGGAAUCGCAUUUUCUCCAUCUCGCUCUUUGUGGAGCACGUGCUGCUGGAGACGGAGAGUCAGAUUCCUGAGCUGCUCAAGCUGGUGACCGGCCAUGUCUCCUUGCUGAACAAGUGCCUACUAGAGGACUCUGACAUGAAGACCCACAGGCCUUUCAUGGCGGUGAUGACUACUCUUCGUAAAUGUAAGGACCAGGUCAGCGAGAGUUUCACCAGGUUUGGGAUUCAGCCGUGCCCCAUCUGCCUGGGAGAUGCACAGGAUCCUGUCUGCCUGCCCUGUGACCAUGUUUUCUGCCUGCGCUGCAUUGACGUUAACCUCACCCAAGGGCAUAUGGGUUGCCCCUUGUGUUUAACCGACUUACCAGACAGAUACUCUGCAACUGUGUCCCAGGAGCACAGGGAGGCCAUUGAGAAACAUGCCCGCUUCCGGCAGAUGUGCAAUAGUUUCUUCGUGGACCUGGUUUCUACCAUGUGCUUCAAAGACAAUUCUCCACCUCAGAAGGAAGUGGUCAAAGACCUGCUAUCCUUACUCUUUGUAGAGAAGGAGCUCCUUCGAGAGGCUCCCCAACGAUGCCGUGAACACACAAAGUCUCUUUCUCCUUUUGAUGAUGUCGUGGAUAAGACCCCUGUGAUCCGCUCAGUGGUACUGAAACUGCUUUUAAAAUACAGCUUCUGUGACGUGAAAGAGUAUAUUCAGACUUAUUUGUCCGAGUUAGAAAAGAAACCAUUCCUGGCUGAAGAUAAAACCGAACUGUACAUGCUCUUUAGCAACUGCCUGGAGGAUUCAAUACAUGAGAAGAAUAAUGCUUUCUUCAUAAGGGAUGAACUGAAAUACCUGAGAGAGGAAGGCCAGUUCCUUACGACAUACCAGCCAGUGGGAUGCAGCCGAUGGCCUGCUGGUGAGGCCUCAGUGGAGCACCUACAGAAGAUGGCCCGCAUCCGCCUCUGUCUUGACAAGGCAUCUGAGAUCCUCGCCGAGCUUCAGGAUGGCUCAGAGAUGGCGGAGGAGAAGCAUCACUACCUGCAGCAGGUGAAGCGCUUCUGUGCCCGGGUCCAGAAUGACUGGUACCGAGUGUACCUGCUGAGGAAGCUCAGCAGCCAGCAGGGGAUGGCGUUUGUGCAGAGCCUCUCCAAAGAGGGCCAUCCGGCCCGCUGGGUGUUUCCUAAGGAAGUCCUCGCACAGCAGAUGGAUCAUCCAGGCCAGAUGGAUCGGUAUCUGGUGCAUGGGAUCAACUACAAGGCUGUCCGAGAUGCAGUGGGCAAGGCCAUUCUGGAAUCCAAGCCCCUGGCUGUUGAGAUGGCUCUGGAGGAUUGUAGGAGCUCUUUAAUGCAAUGUGAGGCUAUGGAGAAAUUCAUUGAGAAAAGCAAGACCUUGUCUCCCGAUAUCAGAUCUUUUGCAAUAUCCCUCGUGAAUAAUGAACUACCCCUCCUGAGGACAGGUCCUGGGGUCAGCAACCUGGAAGGGACAGUAAUAGAAAUGGCUGUUCAUGCUGCAACCAUCCUUCUCUGUGGACAAAGCCAAGUCUUAGGACCCCUGAAGAAUUUGGCCUUCUUCCCACACCUCAUGGUGAAUGCCUUUCUUCCAACGAUGCCUGAAGACUUGCUGGCUCAAGCUAGGAAUUGGAAGGGUCUGGAACAAGUCCACUGGUACACAUGUCCCAAUGGUCACGUGUGCGCUGUAGGAGAGUGUGGCCAGCCGAUGGAACAGAGCUUUUGUAUUGACUGUCAUGCUCGAAUUGGAGGGAUUAAUCACAUACCGAAGGAGGGGUUUCGUGUUAUCAAUGACCCCACGGACAGAACUCAAACUGGCCAUGUGCUGGGAAGCCCACCGCCCAGAGAUGUGGCCGUGGUAUCUGACCGAGAGAUGUCCCCCGUGGUCUUCCUUCUCAUCCGGCUACUCACUCACUUGGCGAUGCUUCUGGGAGCCACCCAGAGUCCCCAGGACUUGAUGAACAUCAUCAAACCUCUGGUGUGGGACCCAAAAGGGUUUCUGCAGCAGCAUAUCCAGAGAGACCUGGAGCAGCUAAUGAACAUGCUGGGGAGGAGCGCGGACGAGACCGCCAGCGUGGUGCACCUUGUCCUGCGCCGCCUUCUCCAAGAGCAGGGCCACAGUGAGGAGCUGGGGUCUUUACAUUUUGAUGUAGAAUUGUCAACCAGAGAAAAGAGGAACAGCUGGGAAAAGCUUGUUCAGACUCUUAUUCUGCAUGAACUAGAGCAUCUAGAUAAAACCCUCCUGGCAGUGAACGCUCAGGUCAGCCAAGAUGAGCACAUCAGCUCCAACCCUGUGGCCAAAAUCGUGUACGGUGACCCAGUGACCUUCCUGCCCCACCUGCCCAAGAAUAGCAUGGUUCACUGCUCUAAGAUGUGGAGCUGCAGGAAAAGGAUCACCAUUGAGCACCUCCAGCACAUCGUGGAGCAGAAGAAUGGCAAAGAGUCAGUGCCCAUCCUCUGGAAGUUUCUGCAGAAGGAGGCAGAGCUGAGACUGGUGAAAUUCUUGCCCGAGAUUUUGGCCCUGCAAAGGAAUCUAGUGAAACGAUUCCAGAAUGUUUCAGAAGCUGAAUACAGAUCCAUCCAAAGUUUCAUUAGCAGUCACGAUUCAGAUGGGCUGAAGAAGUUAGCCCGCAGUAGAAUCACUGUCUUUCUGUCAACAUGGAACAAGCUGAGGCGAUCGCUGGAGACCAAUGGUGAGAUCAAGCUACCUAAAGACUACUGCAGCUCCGACCUUGAUCUGGACACUGACUUGGAAGUCAUCCUGCCUCGCCGCCAGGGCCGUGGCCUCUGCUCCACCGCCUUAGUCAGCUACUUGAUUAACUUGCACAAUGAAAUUGUCUAUGCGGUGGAGAAGUUCUCCAAGGAAGACAACAGCUACUCCAUCGAUGCCUCUGAGAUUGCCGACCUGCACGUCAUCAGCUACGAAGUGGAGCGGGACCUGAUUCCACUGAUUCUCUCCAACUGCCAGUACCACGUGGAGCGAGGCGGGGAGACCUUGCAGGAGUUUGACCUGGAGAAGAUCCAGCGCCAGAUCAUCAGCCGCUUCCUGCAGGGCAAGCCCAGGCUGACCCUCAAGGGAAUACCCACUCUGGUAUACAGACGUGACUGGAACUAUGAGCAUCUCUUCAUGGACAUCAAGAACAAAAUGCAACAGAGUCCCCUCCCCAGUGCGGCCACCACUGCCAUCAGAGGACAACUGCAGUCCUACAGUGACACCUGUGAAGCUCUGUCUGCCAUAGAAGUCACGCUGGGGUUUCUGGGCACAGCUGGCGGGGAUCCAAACAUGCACUUAAAUGUGUAUAUCCAAGACAUGCUGAAGAUGGGCGAUCCGACCUCACUGGUUUCAAAGGCCUUAAACAGAUGCCAGUUAAAACAUACCAUCGCCCUCUGGCAGUUCCUCUCUGCCCACAAGUCUGAACAGCUACUUCGCCUGGGAAAAGAGCCAUUUGGGGAAAUCAUUCCAAGGUACAAAGCUGAUCUCAGCCCUGAAAAAGCUAAGCCGCUCAACACCUUCCUAAAUCAGAUUGGCCUGGAUGCUUUCCUCCUGGAGCUUCAUGAAAUGAUGAUCUUAAAGCUAAAGAACCCCAAGACUGCAGAGAGUUUCAACCCUGAGUGGAGCCUGAGAGAUACACUGGUGAGCUACAUGGAGACUAAAGACAGUGAAAUUCCUCCUGAAAUGGAAACACAGUUCCCAGAAGAGAUACUGCUUUCCAAUUGUGUCACUGUGUGGAAAAUGGCUGCUGAAUUGAAACGGAAUCGACAGAUGAGAUAGAAUUGUUUCCUGUCUCUACAGGGGACUUGGGCAGAGAAGGCUCUUCCUUCACGGGUGGGUGCUUAGAAAGAAAGCUGUGGGCACAGCACUAAAUUUGAGACCAAGAUGUGCUGUGCUGGCUGACAGCUUCUUGAGAGCCAAACUGUUUCAGGAACAUUCAGAAACUCAUCUCCUCAUAUUCUGAAUACCAUUCAUUGGGAAGUGAGAACUGAAGAUUAUAUGGAACUGGAAUAAAGCACCAUCCUCUGGGAGAGACCAAAAAAUAGCUUCUCAGCUUCACACAUACAACCUGUGCCCCAGGUGUCCUGUGUCUUACCAUGCGCGUACCUAGCACACCAGCCCCUACUUCCUCAGACUACUGCCUGCUGAGAGGGACCAGAAAAUAAGGUUAUUAAUUUUUGCCUUUUCUAUUUUAUUCUGCAGUCACAAAAGAGAAGCUGGCUUUCUUCCUUCUUCCAUUCCUUUAAGUUCAGAGAAUUGUACAAAUACUUCUAGGUCUCCAAGAAGAUACAUAUACAAGUCAGGCCAUUCUGCGAGUGCCUUGAUGCCAAACUAGCCAGCCCUCACCCAUGCCCACAAAUGAUUCACUGCCAAAUUUCAAGAUCAGAGCCCCAAAUCUUUCAUUGUGAAGAGCGCUGGGCCAAGAGUCAAGGACACUGUUGGUGACUUAGUUUCCACAUCUACAAAAUGAAGGGACUGGAGUGAAGGCCAGAUUUCCUGCCAGUUCUAGUAUUCUAGUAAAUUCUAAGUGAAAGUUGAACAGUGUAAAGUUGGAUCAAAGGCAUGGUUCUGGCAUUCUGGCAUUUCUGGGGGAAGUUUUUGCUUCUGUAGGAUUCUGCUAAAUAAACGUGAGUUUUUAGCGUGGU